AGUCAGGGAUCGUGGAUGGAGGCUGAGAUGCUCAGGUACAGUCCCAGCUCCUCAGUCAUGCUGCGUCCAACGGUCCUCAGCCUCCUCCUGGCAUGUGCGGUGUCUCUGGGCAGCUCUACGGUCAUCCUAGAAAAUGGCAUGCCUUUAAUGUGGGCGCAAACGUGGGGCCAAGUGACUGACCUGCCGACGCAGAAUGGCAUCCUGAAUCCAGACCCCUGGAACGUCCUCCAUCGCAUGAGUCUUUACCGGCUGAUGAUAUCUGCUACAGACUCGUAUAUGGGCUGCAUGGGGACAAAUGCUACAGACAAUCCUAUAUGGGGACUACCACUGCAGCUUGGAUGGAUGAAAACUUCAGGGCGUCUCGCUGAUCCAACCAGUACUACAACCUGCGGCCUGCAAACUGGAGAUCCCAUGUGUAUUUCUACUCAGAGCUGGUGGGGCUGCGUGAACUACUUUACCUCUGCACUGCCCUUCCUGUCUGCCGCCAAGCAGGGCUUCAUGGGAGAAGGAGUUCAGGUCCAGAUGCAGGUACCUGAAGGUGUAACAGACUUUUGCACCACAUACACCGACUGUGCAGCUCUGUACCCUGAUGUCAUGGCUAAGUGGGAUGCCUUUUUUGAGGGCCUCAAGUCUGCAAAGGACUCUCCUCUCCCUGACAACGAGAAGAAAGACUAUCUUCUCGGUAUCUACUGGGCCGCCCAAAUGGUUUCAACUCAUACCUCAGCUAUGUGCAGUGCCAGAAAGAGUCACUACUCUUCUGUCGAGAUGUCAUUUGCACAGAACUGGGUGAACUCAGCAGAGUACGUUUCUGCAGCACAUUUCCACUCCAAUCUAAAUAAUUCUGCGCGUUUUUUAACCCCCCUGCCAAACCGAGUUUUAAAGGUGGGCGACAGCCCGCCUAACAUUGCCGAUCUGAGUGAGGACGAGAACCACACACUGUCUAUCUUCUCCUGGAUGAGUAACAUCAACACUCUACUGGGGGGGUCGUUGGUGCGUAUGUGGAAAAGUGCAAUGUGUUCAGUGACCACAAGAGAGAAGGGCAGAGAGCUGUUGAACCAGCUUCUGCUGGAUCCCAGGUUUGCUACAACCUCUUUCCUGUCCAUCAUCUCUGGAAUGACUACGAGCUGCUGAGUGAAUAAUACAGCAUUACUUUUGUGUUAGGAAGAUUCCAGUAAGUUUUAGAGGAAGUCUUAGUGACUAAGAGAAGACACUUUCAAUGCAAAAAAGACACAGCUGACAUUUAUUUUCAGUCAUGAAAGUAAGUUAUGCCAUUAUUAAUGAAGGGUCAACAAUCUUUGCUCUUCUCACUUCCUUGUGAAUAUGUGUGUCUUAGUAAACUGUCAACAAGC